AUGCCGAAACCAAAGGCGCUCCUGAGGGAGACAAAGGCCAAAAAGAAACGGAAACAGGUGCUAGCGAUCGCAUCGUGGAUCUGUCUCCAGGCUCCAGAAUCUGCAGAUGAGUUUCUAGCAGAAGGAGUUGAUCUCGAAGAAGCCGGCGAGAAAUGGCGGGCCGGAGAUCCGGUCAAGUCAAUGCGCUUUUUCAUGAGGGCUAUCGAGAUGUAUGAUACGGGUUUACAUCGGUUUCCCGCCUCAUUCGACCUAGCUUAUAACAAAGCUCGCGUACAGUACGAAAUCACCCAGCAUCCUAAACUGGUCACGCAGCUACCGGGACCCAUCCUUGACAUCCUCCGAAUCGCGCUCACAUCCCAUCGAGAAGCCCUGAAAAAGGAACAAGAUAAUGCAGAUAUAUUAUUCAACACAGCACAGGUGUUGACUAGUGUAGCGGAAGCCAUCACCGAAGGAAAGCGAGCGAGCGAAGAACAGACAGAAGAGGCGUUGAAAUGUUUAACAGAGGCCCUGGAGCUGUUUCAGCGGUGUCUUGUGCUGCAAGAACUAAAGUUCACAGAAUAUGAAGAGCAGCUGCAGAUGGUGAAAAAUGGUGGGCCACAAGAUCAGCCUCAACAAGAACAGCAGCAGGGCAGUGGUGACGGGCCUAAGAUGGCAUCCGGCUCCGGCUCUGGCUCAACGGAAAGUGAGGAAUGGGCUGCUGUCAUUGAGCCAGUCACGAAAAACACGCUUAUCGAUACUGCCAUUGCGCAGCUGGAAGCACUAGCUACACUCUGCGGAUUGCUCGCCUCGGAUCCUGGAAACAGUCUCGCCUGGGUAGAAGAGUAUUCAUCCGAACUUCUAAGAGAGAAGAUUGCCGCAUACGUACAAGGCACAGAUAGAGCAAACGAGGUCGCCAUAGCCCGAGCAAAGUUUCUCUCCAUCUUAUUGGAAGUCACCUAUCGAAGCGGCCGUAUCGACCUCGAUACCUAUAAACAUGAGCUUGACUCGGCGUUCAGCAACGGAGUCGACGUCUCGCAAGAUCCAGCGGGCCUCUGUAACCAAGCCGAGGCGCUGGUGGGAUUCAAUUCAGCCAUUGCAGAUUUCUACCCUUCUGCUGGCGUCAAUGGGUUCGAGAAGACUUUAGAUCUGCGAUGGCAGGCCUUGGGCGUUGCCCUGAGUCGGUUAACCGCUGCGUCGAAAAUUGCUGGAGCAGAAAACCUAGCAAAGAUACAUAUUGCGCGAGGUGACGCGGAAAUGUAUCGCUGGCGUCUAGGUCAACCUCCUUUCCUUUUUGGCGCGGCCAAGGAUAAUUCAGGGACGUUGCUGAAAAACGCCGAAACGUAUUAUCGCGGAGGAGCGGCCAUUGCUAGGCGAGAUGGAUGGGCGGAAGAGGAGCGUGAAGGAACCAUCAAGGAAGCCCUGGCAAAGGGGUUGGCGGGUGACCUGAGCCAGAUGGGGGAUUUGGCGAUUAACUCCAAGGAGUAUAUGUUGCAUGUAGCCGAUGACAUGGCAGAGGAUGGCCUAAUGUCGCAUGAGGAUUUGCAUAAACUGAUGACACAGUUGGAACCAGACGAGAUUGUCUUCUAG